CCGUUUUUAUUCAAACCACCCCAGAUGUGCUUUCCUGCUGAGUAUGUGGAACACACAUGCAAUUCCAGUAUUCAAGAGUCGAGACACAAGAAUCUGGAGUUCAAGGUCAACUUAAACUAUGGAACAAAAAUAAAUAAAUAAAUAAAUAAAUAAAUAAAUAAAUAAAUAGGCUUUCUGACCUGAGUCCUCUGGAAGAGCAGCCAGGGCUCUUAAUCACUGGACCAUCUCUCUAUCUCCUUAUCUUGAUUUUCUGCCUCAGUUUCUCCAGUUCUGGAAUUAUGAUCAUGAACUGCCACACCUAUUAAAGUCAGUAUUCUUUUUAGGGUUUCUAUUGCUGCAAUUAAACACCAUGGUCCCCCUCCUUCUCCAAAAAGCAAGGAUUUACUUGGCUCGCAUUUUCACAUCAUAGUGCAUCACUGAAGGAAGCCAGGACAGGAACUCAAACAUGGCAGGAACCUGCAGGCAGGAGCUGAUUCAGAGGCCAUGGAAGGUACUGUUUACUGGCUUGCUCCUCGUAGCUUGCUAGGCCUGCUUUCUCAUAAAAUCCAGGACCACCAGCUCAGGGAAGGCACCACUCAUAAUGAACUGGGCCCUCCCUAUCAACCACUAACUAAAACACGCUUUACAGGCCUGCCCACAGCCCAGUCUUAGGGAGGCAUUUUCUUAAUAGAGGUUCCCUCUUCUCAGACGACUCUAGCUUGUUUCAAGUUGACAUAAAGCCAGCCAGCACAGUAUUAUCUCAAGUUUACACUUGAGGAAACUGAGAUCCCAAAAACUGAAGUUCACUACGCUGCUAUGUUCAUGUGCCCAUACCAUGGAGCAGGGUCUAGACUCUUUGCCUCUUAUCCCACACAGCGUGCCUGGAUUUUCAGCUCAUGGUCUAUUUACCCUCCAAAUCCACUCAAGGCCAGUGGGGCCAGGUGAAACUCUGUCAUCUCCGUUUCUGAGUGACUACCUGAAGAGCUAGUAGCCUACUGCUCUUCUUAUUCAGAUCCCAUAACAUAUGUUUUUAAACAGCAAGUCUGGUGCCAGCAAUGAUUAAAGUUCUAAAAUCAGUGUUCUGUGCUGGAUUUGGGUCACACCGGUAGUAAUUUACAAAAAUCGACCCGUGGACAGCAGGAAUGAUGUAAAAAUUUGUAAUUAUAAUAUACGCGAUUCAGCUAAAUGAUUUAAGGAACCAGUGAGUCUGGGUAGGUCCUCACAAUAAAAAAAAGAGGUGGGGCAGUGGUGGCUAUGCCUUUAGUCCUAGCACUUAGGAGGCAGAGGCAGGCAGAUUGCUGAGUUUGAGGCUAGCCUGGUCUACAGAGUGAGUUUUAGGAAAGACAGACAGACAGAGAAACCCUGCCUCAAAAAAAAAAAAAAAAACAAAAAAACAAAAAAACAAAAAAAAAACCAACCAACCAAACAAACAAACAAAAAACACAGAGAGAGGGUGUGUUUUCUCCUUUACUCUUCCUCCUUUCAGCAGAGCCUAGAUUUUGAUCAGAUAAUGUAUCCCCAUGUCAGCAGUGUGUUCUGUAUAAUCCCAUCCUAGCCAUCGUAUUCUUCUGAUCAUUGGUUGGUUUAACAUGGACAUCUCUGGCCACAUGGGGAAAAAUUUUGCUGGGAUGGUUUCUAGGAAGUGCCCUCCAUCAACCCUCUAGUCUUAAAGAAGGGUGGAGCAUAUAUAUGUAUGUUGUGCCACUAGUCAGUCUCCUGCCUCCAACCCUUACCUGCUCACUGCCAAGGCAUUAAAAACAAAAAAAUUAUACCAUGGUAUAUGACAACACAUUUGAAACUAAGCAUCGAAUUCAGAUAGUGACGGGCCAGUUGCUGUAGUCCAAGGGUGAGAGGAUUGAACCAAGAGUAAGCUAAGGAUAUUGGGAAGUGACUAAGCAGGUCCUCAUAGGAGUUAAUCACAUGAGGGGCCAGUCAGGGCCCAGACAGAAAUCCACAGGGCCUAGCGGGAGAGCUGGAGCUCAGGGUGCAGCUGCAGCACAGGGGAAUAGCCAAGAAGCAGAGGAGAUGAAAGGAAGGCAGUUCUUGUGUUCACUGAAAAAAGGGAAAGGAAGGAGUCUUUUCCAGAGGCAGUGAUGGGAAAGGUGCCCAAGGAAAAGUCCACUGCUUUGUGGACUGUGAAUGUAAGCAAAUGCAAUAUAUUACAUAUACAUACAUACUUAUACUGACACACACAUAUACAUCACAUACAUCAUAUACAUAUAUUUACAUUGUAUACACAUAUACCUAUACACACAUAUACAUACACACAUACACAGAUAUACAUAUAUGUCACAUAUAUGUACACAUCAUAUACAUAUACACCUAUGUGCACAUACACAUAUACAUACACACAUGUAAGAGUUCCAAUUUUUGUUUAUUGAAGAAUGUUAAUGAUAUUAUGAAGAAUAGUGGUUAGAGUACUUGCUGCUCUUGCAGAGGACCUGCGUUAGGUUCACAGCACAUGCAUCACCAUCUAGAACCAUCUAGAACUCCAGUUCAAAAAUUCAGUGCUCUCUUCUGUCCUCCAAAGGCACCAGGCAUACAUGGGGUGCACAUACAUAGGUGGACAAAAUACAUACACAUGUAAAAUAAAAAAAUUAAAAAUCAGUAUCCUCAAACUUUUAUACAGAAAUAUAAAUUUUCAAUUGAAAAAUCCCACCAUUCAAUUGGCAGCCAUACCCCGGCACAUCUCAAAUAGGCCUGCAUGGGGGCUGCGUACUCCCGUUGCCUGCUGCUGGCAAUGGGGGCUGGAGAUGAGGCUUAGUCUUUGUGCUUGCUCAGGCUCUACUGGUGCUAGAGUUGGAGUGACACAAGAGCAUUAGCGUGGCUCCUGUGUGAGGACGGCAUACAGAUGUGUGAAAUGAUCUACAUUAAAGAAAAAAAAGUCUCCAUAAGAGAAUGUUGCAACUCUUUAAUACAUUUUUUUUUUAAGAAAAAAAAUUAUGCACAGUACAAUACUGUGUGCCUGAAUCCCAGCACUCAGAGUUGGGAGUUCAAGGCCAAAGUAGGCUACAUAGUAAGACAUCAUCUCAAAAACAACUCAAAAUGAAACGAUAGAAUUAUGACCUGUGGGGACAACACACACACACACACACACACACACACACACACACACACACACACACACACACACACACGUUCAGAAAUACCCCUGAGAAUUCGUGAAACAUAUCAACACAGAAAGCAGUAAUUGCUUCUGUUGUGUAGUGAUUUAAACAUUGCUUUUGUCUUCAUCUGAAGCAAUGACACAUCUCCAAACAAAGUGAAAAAGAGCUACAGUAAGAGAGUAUGUGUCCCGCCACUCUGAGCCCCAGAAUCUUGUCUUCUUCCUCAGUGCCAAGUAGAGUUUCCGGUUCUGAAAGGAAUAGUGUGUGCCUUCACAAUUAGACCUUGUUACAUUACAUCGGGUAAUUUGUUGUGUGACAAAUGACCCAACAUUUCACUGGUGCCAAACAACAAGCAUUACUUUAAAGCCUCGUAUUCCCCCUGCCUCAGAACUGGGCUGGCUCUAGUGGGGACUUCCUGAGACAGGCUGGUGGCAGGCUACCAGCUGGUGCAAGUCCUCUGUAGCUCUGCUGAGCCCCCUGCUGGCAGGACAAAUCUCCUCACAGGUUAUUGGACAGGCUGAUUCAUUUGGUCCCUGGUUUUUGGCCUGAGCCUUCCUUCAGAGUUUUGCCACAUGGGCCUCUCAAUGGGAGCCCGGGAACUGGAUGCAUUAGAGCAAACAUGGGAACUGGACGCAUUAGAGAGAGCGCGCGCUCUUGGAACGGCAGCCUGUCAGUGUUAUAAUCUGACAGAGACCAGUUGAAGCAUCCGUUGAAGGGAAGGGACUCAAAUGAGGGGCUGACCUAGCUUGGAGGCCGUCAGAGGCCACCUGCCACGCUUGUACUGUAUUUUUAAUCUACACAUGCAUUUAAAAAAAAAAACACACACUGACGCGCGUUUCUGUGCCAUGCCUCCUUCCUUAUUUUCCCCCAUGAAGCUGCACAAGCCCCAUGUGGUUCGAGAGGCUCCCCCUCAUUCCAACACUGACGUGGCAUCUCAAGCCCACAUUACAUAGCAUUCUUAGGGUGUGUGGCUGUACUUGAAAGACCCAUAUUGGCAGACUCAGGGAUACUUGGGGUUGUUGUUGGCCACACACUGGCUUCUCAGCAUGUGUAUUACAUUUUAAUAGCUACAGCCAAAUUGCCAUCAGGGGAGAUUGAACUAAACUACACCCCAAAGCAAGGACUGUCUGCUUUAUCCACAGCAUCAUGAUACUUCUCCGUGUCUAUGGAGAAGUGCUAGUUAACUGUUCCAUCGCUAGACUCUCCCAGAGGUUAAAAACCAUUUUGUACCUUGAAUUGAAAUGGAAUUGGUUGUUCCAUGCCUCCAGGAACGUACAGGGAAUAUUUGCUCCUUGUGAACUGUUCCUGUGGCCUCCAGCCUUGAUCUCUUCUGUCCCUCACUUACAGAGGAGUCACUUUUUGCAUGCCUGGUCACACUGAUUCUUCUAAACAUACUUCCAAGGUGAAAAAUCAAAAGUGUGGAGUGGGAGGACUCCCACAGUACCAGUCUUUCUAUGGGUCCCCACACGAGGAUAGUAGGACGUCCUUUGCUGGAGAGAUGGCUCUGUGGUUAAGAGCACUGGCUGCCCUGCCAGAGGACCCAGGUUCAAUUCCCAGAAUCCAUAUUGGGUAACUCACAGGAGACUGAACUCCACAGACCUGUGUGGGCAUGCACAUAUCCACACACAGGUACAUGGGAUUGAAGAGAAAGUACUUUUUUUUUAUUUAAGAAAAGGAACGUUAAAAUGAUAAAUUCUAUUAUGUGUCUUCACUACAGUCAAAUUUUAUCUUACCAUUCCCAGUAGCAUCUCCAAAUGUACAGAAAAAAUGUCUACUGCUUGUCAGAUACCUGUUUUUCAUACAAUCUGUGGAUAAUUUUGGAUUACCACGUCUUUCUUUUUUUUUUUUUUUUUUUUUUUUUCUUUUCUUUUUUUUCCGGAGCUGGGGAUUGAACCUAGGGCCUUGCGCUUGCUAGGCAAGUGCUCUACCGCCGAGCUAAAUCCCCAACCCCUUUUUAUGUGUAGCCCAGGCUGGCCUCGAACUCGUGAUCCUCCUGCCUCUGCCUCCUUCAGCAAAUCCUACCGGUGUGCGCCACCACAACCGGCACGUCUUUCUUUUCUUAAACACUUGUUCAUUCCAAAAAGAACUCUUGGAUAUGUUUAUACUACGAAGGACUGCUUUGCUGGACUAGUAGUUACUUGAAAAUGUUAUCACUGUAUACCUGAGUGAGAAAAUAAGCUAUCUGUAUAAAUAAAAAUUGGGGGACUGUUUCAAAGGUUAUAACGCUUGCUGUUUAUGCAUGAGACCCUGAGUUUGGGUUUCUAAGCACCCACAGAAAAAGCCAGCUGCAGUGGCAUGAAUUCAUAACUUAAGUGCUGGGGGGGAGGUGCAGAGUCAGGCAGAGAGGAGGAGGCUUGCUGGCCAGACUCUCUGAAAAGGUAACCUUUAAGGUCCUGUGUUCAACUCCUAUGGUGGACGGAAGUCUCUUGAAUAAAGUAUCAAUUAAGCAGCACAGUGGGUUUUGGCUUUGAUUUUUCAAAGCCUACUUUAAUAAGGGUUCUUAAACACUUCAACCUCCCUCCUAGCCUACCACCUGCCAGAGGUAGUGGAAAAGAAAGUUUACUAGGAAACGGGGAUUGUGGACCUGCUUAGAAAUAGUUCUUUGGGGUUAUUCCAAUCUUCGUUGUCAGCAGUUCAGUCCUCUAGCAAAACACCACUUCCAAAUCAGGAACUGAUGUUCCAACCAGAAGAAACCCAGAGACUCCCGCCGGUCGGCCUGAGUCCAUGGAAGUGACAGGAAGCUGCUGGAAUGUCAUUAGAAGUUCUUUGGCGAGCUAAUCUUUACCAGAUCAUGACAAAGAUCAGCAACACAAUACAAGAUGAACCGAUGAGGAUCAUCAGCAAAGACUAGCGAGGCAGACAUCACCGACCUUUCUCCUGUCUGCUUCAGCAAAACAUCCUUUCACUUGUCUGCCCUAGUAAAACACAUGACAUAACUGAAUUUCCAAAGAAACCCGAAAUUUCUACUUCAGUAAGCAAGGGCUUUACUAAUUGAGCUACACUGUCAGCCUGGAACAAUUAUACAUUCAAGGUCACUUUCAAUAUAAGAUUCCACAACCAUUUUUAAAAAUUUCUUUUCAUAUAUAUGCUUGUCCAUUCAUGUCCAGGUAACCUGAAGAACGUGUCAGAGCUUCUGUAGUUGGAGUUACAGGUGGUUGGGGGUUGGGAGCCACUUGAACAGGGGUGCUGGUAUUUAAAUUGCUGUUCUUUAGGGGAAAAAAAGACCUCAUGGGGAUACUGUGGAACAGGCCAUUUGAGUUCUUAAUCAGGCUCCGGAUUCAAAAGAAAGCUUGCUCAAGGUCAGUCUGGAACCAGGCCAGAAAAUGGAGAGGCAUCCUAGAUAGAGGUAGUUGAAAGUAAAGCCUUAUGGAAUGUGUCAGUACAACCAGUUAUGCAGGUCACCAUAAAACAUCAAGCUGACCAGGCGUAGGGUGGGGAUGGGAAUGAGUUCACACAGGAUGCUCAGGUAACUGGUGUGGUUGUCAGUUAGAAUUUUAGCCUCAGGAUGCAGAAUGUUUUAAGUUAAGCUCUGAUAGGCAUGUGGCAGGGUAGGUUUCAAGAUCUUUUUUUAACUCAUUGUUGGAACCCUGCUGUUUUUAAUAUAUAAAAGCCUCCACCGUGUUGUGACUUGCAGAGACAGACAUAAGGCUGUACAGUGUAAAACUUGGGAAAAAGGAGAUUGCAAAGUAACCCUGUGUGUAAAUGCUGCUGAAGAAAGGAACAGUAGGGGAGGGAGCUGGAAGCAAUCAUGAACUUUGAGUGUAGGAGUAGAGUGAGCAGACGGAGACACAGAAGCAGUAUGUUUACCAUACAGAAGUUGAAGUUUAGUUUUCGAUUGAUGGGGGUAGAGUGAAGGAGGUCGGAGGAUCAGGGAAUUUCCAGGGGUCUACAUUGCUGAACUCUCUAAAAAGGUCAAUAAAGUUUGGUGGCAGGCGCUGAGGUAUAUACAAGGCUAGCAGGGGUAGAAGCAAUAAUAACAGGAAUCCAAUGAUCAGAAAGUAAUGGUUGUUAUACAUGAAAGUACACUAGAAUACUGUCGUGUCCUCUAGCCCAAAUGCAUUCAUUUCCAUUCUCAAAUCCUGUCACACUUCUCCAAUUCUGAGCCUCUUCUCUCAGACUGACCCUCAUCUGUAAUUGAAAUCUAGGUGGUGGCACACACAUUUAAUCCCAGCAGUUGGAAGGCAGAUCUUCAAGUUUGAGGCCGACCUAGUCUUCAGCUCAGGACAGCCAGGGGUGGGUGGGUGGGUGGGUUGGGGAGGUGGGUGGGUGGGUGCUAUGUCUGGAAAAAACCAAAACCAGACCAUCUCCUGCUCCUGUUCCCCUCCAAUAAACAAAAAGCUGAGGUGUAGUGGCCCAAGACUUAUCUCCAGGACCUGAGGCAGGAGAAUCAGCAGUUCAAAGCCAUCUUCUGCUACACGUUUGCAACUACACUUCAAAGAAACAGGCACUAGCAGCCAGAAGCCUCAGAGGGAAAAAGGCGCUUGCCAAGCAAACCUGCCAACCUCAUUUCAAUCCCCGGAUCCCACCAACUCCUUCAAGUUGUCCUUUAAUCUCCACAGUUGCUAGGGCGUGCCUGCACUGCACAAUAACAAUAAACAAUACACAAAUGAUCGAUUUAGACCAGAGUCUAUAUUACGACCCCUCUCCCCCAAGUCUCCGCAGGUACCAUGCUCAGAUGUCCUAAACGCUUUUUAUCCGAUUACUCUGGUUUUUCUAAACUCUGCAGUCAAUGCUCACCAUUUUUAACGUGAGCAGACAGCAAAUUUGCCUUCCCACCAAGGUCUGCUCCCGAGGUGUCGUGACGCAAACAAGUGUCUCGACCGUCAGACUUAUUAGCUGAGCUGAGACGCCCGGCUCACGUGGCUACUGCAGUUCUUUUAAAAGAGCAUCUUCCUUUCCCCCUCAGGAAGUAGAACACGCUCGCAUCUAACAAGGGUUGGCUCUAGGAAGAGAGUGACCGAAUUAUCAGUUGAUGGCCUUGAAAGUCGGGUCAAGGAGAGUUCCUAAAUUCCGCAGGCGCGUGACGUGACUAGACGCCGCAAUUCACCGGAAGACCAGAGGGAUGGGCGGGGCGCGUGAAGCGACUUGACGCGGAAGUCACGCGGCCCGGCGCCUCUGAGUUCUCUAUUUCGGCAUUCGGCUACUGGGCCUGGCAGGCUUCUGGCGCGCUCCGCUGAUAUCUGUUCUUUCGGUGCUCGACUCACCCGCGCUGCUGCCUCCGCUGAAGGAGGAGCAAAGCUCAAGAUGGCCGACAAAACGCCAGGCGGAUCUCAGAAGGCCAGUUCAAAGAGCCGAUCAUCGGAUGUUCAUUCAUCUGGAUCUUCAGAUGCUCAUAUGGACGCAUCUGGACCCUCAGAUAGCGAUAUGCCAAGUCGAACACGACCUAAAAGCCCAAGAAAACACAAUUAUAGGAAUGAAAGUGGCCGUGAAAGCCUUUGCGAUUCUCCUCAUCAGAAUCUCUCAAGACCUCUUCUAGAAAACAAGCUUAAAGCAUUCAGUAUUGGAAAAAUGAGCACAGCAAAGCGAACUCUAAGUAAGAAGGAACAAGAGGAACUGAAGAAAAAGGAGGAUGAAAAGGCAGCUGCUGAAAUUUAUGAGGAAUUUCUUGCUGCUUUUGAAGGAAGUGAUGGUAAUAAGGUGAAAACGUUUGUUCGAGGCGGGGUUGUUAAUGCAGCUAAAGAUGAACAUGAAACAGAUGAAAAAAGAGGUAAAAUCUAUAAGCCAUCUUCAAGGUUUGCAGAUCAAAAGAAUCCUCCAAAUCAGUCAUCCAAUGAAAGGCCACCAUCUCUUCUUGUGAUAGAGACGAAAAAGCCUCCACUGAAGAAAGGGGAGAAGGAAAAGAAAAAAAGCAAUUUGGAACUUUUCAAAGAAGAACUAAAACAAAUUCAGGAAGAACGUGAUGAGAGACAUAAAACAAAAGGCAGGUUAAGUCGGUUUGAGCCUCCUCAGUCAGACUCUGAUGGUCAGCGACGUUCCAUGGAUGUGCCUUCAAGAAGAAAUAGAUCGUCUGUUCUUGAUGAUUAUGCACCGGGCUCACAUGAUGUAGGAGAUCCCAGCACUACAAACUUAUACCUCGGAAACAUUAAUCCACAGAUGAAUGAAGAAAUGCUGUGCCAAGAAUUUGGAAGAUUUGGACCAUUAGCUAGUGUAAAAAUUAUGUGGCCUAGAACUGAUGAAGAAAGAGCACGAGAAAGAAAUUGUGGCUUUGUGGCUUUUAUGAAUAGAAGAGAUGCUGAGAGAGCUCUAAAAAAUUUAAAUGGAAAAAUGAUUAUGUCUUUUGAAAUGAAGUUAGGUUGGGGUAAAGCUGUACCUAUUCCUCCACACCCAAUAUACAUUCCGCCUUCUAUGAUGGAACACACACUUCCCCCACCUCCAUCCGGACUGCCUUUUAAUGCGCAGCCUAGAGAGCGAUUAAAAAACCCCAAUGCUCCCAUGUUACCACCACCUAAAAACAAGGAGGAUUUUGAGAAGACUCUGUCGCAAGCCAUAGUCAAAGUGGUUAUCCCAACAGAAAGGAAUUUACUCGCCCUGAUACACCGAAUGAUAGAAUUUGUUGUACGUGAAGGGCCAAUGUUUGAAGCUAUGAUUAUGAACAGAGAAAUCAACAAUCCUAUGUUCAGGUUCUUAUUUGAAAACCAGACACCAGCCCACGUUUACUACAGGUGGAAGCUUUAUUCUAUUCUGCAGGGAGAUUCUCCGACAAAAUGGCGGACAGAAGAUUUUCGGAUGUUCAAAAAUGGAUCCUUUUGGAGGCCACCACCAUUAAAUCCAUACCUUCAUGGGAUGUCAGAGGAGCAGGAGACAGAAGCGUUUGUAGAAGAGCCUAGUAAAAAGGGAGCACUCAAGGAAGAACAGCGGGAUAAAUUAGAAGAAAUCUUGCGAGGAUUAACUCCAAGGAAAAAUGAUAUUGGAGAUGCCAUGGUUUUCUGUCUUAAUAAUGCUGAAGCUGCUGAAGAAAUAGUGGACUGCAUUACUGAGUCACUGUCUAUCUUAAAGACCCCGCUUCCCAAGAAGAUUGCCAGAUUAUAUUUGGUUUCUGAUGUUUUAUAUAACUCUUCAGCCAAAGUUGCCAAUGCUUCAUAUUAUAGGAAAUUUUUUGAAACAAAGCUAUGUCAGAUAUUUUCAGACCUCAAUGCUACUUAUCGUACAAUUCAAGGCCAUUUACAAUCUGAAAAUUUUAAGCAACGGGUAAUGACCUGCUUCAGAGCAUGGGAAGAUUGGGCAAUUUAUCCAGAACCAUUUUUGAUCAAACUUCAGAAUAUUUUCUUAGGACUUGUAAAUAUCAUUGAAGAAAAGGAAACAGAGGAUGUGCCAGAUGAUCUUGACGGUGCUCCCAUUGAGGAAGAGCUUGAUGGUGCUCCUCUGGAAGAUGUGGAUGGAAUUCCCAUUGAUGCUACUCCCAUCGAUGAUCUUGAUGGCGUCCCUAUAAAAAGUCUCGAUGAUGAUCUGGAUGGAGUGCCUUUGGAUGCAGCUGAAGACUCAAAGAAGAAUGAACCCAUAUUUAAAGUUGCCCCAUCAAAGUGGGAGGCUGUAGAUGAAUCUGAGUUGGAAGCACAAGCGGUGACAACUUCCAAGUGGGAGUUAUUUGACCAGCAUGAAGAAUCAGAAGAAGAAGAAAACCAAAAUCAGGAAGAAGAGAGUGAAGAUGAAGAAGACACCCAGAGUUCCAAGUCGGAAGAGCAUCAUUUAUAUUCUAACCCAGUCAGAGAAGAGAUGACUGAGUCUAAGUUCUCUAAGUACUCCGAAAUGAGUGAGGAGAAACGAGCUAAGCUCCGUGAAAUUGAGCUAAAAGUUAUGAAGUUUCAAGAUGAAUUGGAAUCUGGAAAGAGACCAAAAAAACCCGGCCAAAGCUUCCAGGAGCAAGUAGAACACUACAGAGAUAAACUGCUGCAGCGAGAGAAGGAGAAAGAAUUAGAAAGAGAACGAGAAAGAGACAAAAAAGAUAAAGAAAAAUUGGAAUCUCGAUCCAAAGACAAGAAGGAAAAGGAUGAAUGUACUCCAACGAGAAAAGAGAGGAAGAGACGACAUAGCACCUCCCCCAGCCCAUCUCGAAGUAGCAGUGGUCGACGAGUGAAAUCCCCAUCACCCAAAUCAGAGCGGUCCGAACGGUCAGAAAGGUCUCAUAAAGAAAGCUCUCGGUCCAGGUCCUCUCACAAAGACUCCCCUAGAGAUGCUAGCAAAAAAGCCAAAAGGUCACCGUCUGGUUCAAGGACACCUAAAAGGUCUAGGCGGUCCCGGUCUAGGUCCCCGAAGAAGUCAGGGAAGAAAUCCAGAUCUCAGUCCCGGUCUCCACACAGGUCUCAUAAAAAGUCAAAGAAAAACAAACACUGACAUAUAUUUUUAAGAUGCUGUCACUUAUUGGAAAUGCAAGUUUGUUUUGUGCCUGAAUGGUUUUUUUUUUUGUUUUGUUUUUUUAAUAAAAAAAAAAAACCAUACACACAAAAACAAGAAAAAUUCUAAUGAAAGAGCAUUCCUGGGUUUGUUUGUUUGUUUGUUUGUGAAUGCAUGUGUAAACUCAUGAGUAACUGCACCUGUAGACCUGUCAUUGUUUUAUAUUGUAUAAAUUACUUUUGUUGUGGCUGUUUUCUCAAGAUGAAAUUUUUAUUGUGCUAAUGAAUUUCAUCAGAAAUGUGUACAACGGAUCUGCUGGCAGUAGUAGUAUUUUGUUUUAGGAUGUUGUGACUUAGACACAUAAUACAGAUGUCUUCCCCCCCUUUUGUAGCUUUGACAAUUUGAAUUAGAUUUCAAAUAAAAUCUGAACAGAAAACUAUAAUGUUGUUUUUUUGCCCAGUUGGUGACACCAAGUCCCUUAAAGACCUACUAAGUGAAUUUGGCACCAUUGCUGUUUCUUAUCCCUAGUGCACUUUACAAACUCCAGUGUUCAAGUAGCUAGUGUUUUAUAGUUACUAAAGUGACUUCCAAAAGUUAAGGGACCCAGCACUCCUGUUUGGUAGGUUUUGCUUAUCCAUUUCUGGAAAAAGGGUUUCAAACCCAGAGAUGAGAGGGCUCGAGUGAGAGGGUACGGUGUGCAUCUGUUACUGUAGUGCCUGGUUCAAACGCCCUUUCUCAAAGAAGCAAUGUGACUUCAAAACACUCAGCCCAUCUUCAGAGCAAUUAAUGUAUUUAGGGUUAAUUUAAUUUUUAUCUUCUAUCAUGAAACAAGUUUAUUUAUAAAAGGUUUUAUAAAAACAGUUUACCAUAGAAUUCUUUUGUAUAAUAGUUGCUUUUUUAUAAUUGUCUGUAGGUUAUCUUUAAAACACUGGUAUCAUGAUAUUUGUACAAAUUUGUUUGAAACAGCUUUUUGAUUUGAAGGAUUUGGUUUGGAGUACAGCUUUAAAUAAAAAUUGAAAAAAUUAAAUGGUUUUCAGGUAAUUUUAACACUCAAUGAUUUAUAAAUUUAAGUAAAAAGUUGACUUAAGUCAGAGUUGAAUUCUAACAGGAAGAACUUGGCAGUGGCCUGGGGAAGCAAUAGGAAACCUUGUGAAUGUCGAUCCCAGCCCCGCAGAGAGUAUAGUGUAAAGGAGGUGUGGACUUGAGCCGGCCUCAGGGUCUGUCAGUUUUGCUUUCAGGUUUGCAUCUAGGUACUAUGUGCAGUGUUUUGUGUUUUUUUCGGUAAUAAUGGAUUGUUCGGAUUUAACUUAUUCUUUUAAAAUCGUUUCACCUUGUUUACUUAAUCUUGCCCAAUCACAAAAUAAGGCGUCUUCUCCCCGUGAUUUGGGGAGUAGUCAUAUCAGCUGUACAUAGAGUAAGGCAUGUCUUUUCCUUCUCCAACACAUCUACAGCAGCUUUCGAGAUGAGCCAGUCACACUGCUUUACAUCGUGGUUCUUAGCAUGAAAAUAUUCAGUCCUUUGUUUACCUCCUCUAUUAGGAAAUGCUAAUUCCUUAAAGUUGCUCAGAAUAAUUAAUGUGAACAUUUGGUGCUGAUCCUUAAAGAUCUAUAUAAAUACAGCCAUUACAAGCAGAACACAUUUUCCUCCUGUGUUCAUUGUCUGGGAGAAUGGCAUUUUAUAUCUUUCUUUUAAGAAAAAUAGUGUCCAAUUGCCGUUAGUUGUGGUUUCCUCAUUCCCUGAGUUUUUAGGUAGACAAAGAAAUAAUUGGUCAGAAAGUGGUUUUCUUUUUUUCAGGCAAGUUACGAAGGGUAGUUACUUUUCUCUCUUGAUUACAACAUUUUAGCUUGGUUUUGGGUGUUUAUUUGUAGUGUUUUCUACUUCAUUAGAUCCAUGUUGUAGCUAUUAUAGUUAAUUUUGGAAUGGAUAAAACCGGCUUUCUUUUGGGUAGGCAGACAGUUACUUGACCUGAUAGAAUGAAUUUUGGAGUUCUUUAAUGUAUAUAUUAGGUUGCGUUGGAUUUUGUUUUCUUGAAUUGUAAAUAGCAUUAACUAGAUUAUUUCCCAUUUUUCUUUAUGAGGAACCAUCUAGAAUAAGCUGUUAAAAUUCACAGUGGAUUCAUACACUUGUUAUCCCAGCAUUGAGGCUACGUGACUAUAUGCUCAGGAGUUGAGACCACCUUGGGCAGCAGAGAGAUCCUGUCUCAUAAACAGGGAUCAGAAAUGGGUCUUACAAGAAGGAAGCUGUUCUACAUAUUUUUAAUUAUAGCUUAGUUUUCAUAUCUAAAGAACACUUAGCAUAAUUUCUGUGAGUUAAAUAUUCAUAAAUGAUCUGAGAGUUAUAGGAAAGAUGGUAACCGCUAUGUACCGCACAGCUGUUGGCCUCUACUAACCACGUGUGUGAGGAGAUGCUCUGUUCAUCACAGCGUUCCUCACACAGGGAUUCCCUACCACCCGAUGCCAUUGCACUUCUCUCUACAUGGGGUAGAAGUGACAUGUUGGCUGCUUUCUUACCAAAGAGAGAGACCUGAGACUAACAAGGAUUGUGAGGGUAGUUUUUGUAUUUUCGUUUUCCUGGGAGUCAGCAUGUGGGGGAUUCUCACUGUGGUGAGCUAGAGGUUAAGGGACUAGUGAGGCACAAAGCCAUGAUCCCAAAGGAUCCUUUUAUUUGGUUCACAGUAUUUUUGGCUUUUUUUUUUGCUAAAUUUUGCAGAAAUUUCUUUCUCUAUGCUGACCUAAUUUUCUUCAUUGAGACCAUUCCUAUGAGAACUGUAUUCUAGUUAAAGAGUGUUGGGAGAAAUACUUGCUUCUGACCUCUGUGUUUUUCCCAUUCUUUAAUAUUCUUGAGUGCUUGAAAAAUACCUUAAAAGAAAUUCUGUUCAUGAUCAAAUAUAGGUUUAUUAGAAAUACCCUAUACACUUUUGCCUUGACGGUGGUAUAAGUUCUGAGAAGUUGCAUGAUCAUGAAAAUAGUUGAUUAUGGUUAAAAAUAAAUAGAUAAACCUGUUGCCAGAAUGAGUUAACCUAUUAUGACCACAGCUGUGUGAUUUCUUUAGCAGAGAAAGUCGUCUUCAAAAAUCAACUACCGCUUUUCUAACACUGCAUUUUCAAAAUAAGCUAGUGUUUGUUGUUUUCUCUUCUGACUUGUAGUGGGCAAGCCUACAAAGACUUGAAUGCAGGUAUUCGUGAAGACAGAAUAAGUUUAAAGGGUCUUGUGAUGAAAAGCUCACAUUUAACAAAAUGUUUAGGGUUUUCACACUUUCACGUGCAUGUUUUGGAAUAGAUUUUAGGGAGUGUUUAUCAUCAUUUUGGACUUUUUCCUGUUUUUGUUACCAACUUCCUAAGAUUUAGCUAAUAGAAGAAGACAAAUCCCAGGGAAGUGUAGUGGUAGAGUAAGGGGUGGGAAUGUGCUGCUGUUCAAAGUGAGCCUUGUUCCAUUGUUCAAAUGUCGAUGCCUCCUGUAUCCAGUACCACCUCCUGCAGUUCUAAUGUAAAUGGUAUGUGUAUAUGUAUAGUUUUGUAGAGAAAACGUCCUCGUUCACUUUCAUAUGUAAUUGUGCUUAGAGUAUCAGCGGUUUUUAUCCUUUUUACUUCAGGCUCUUGUAUGUUGAGUCUCUGAAAUAGCAGAGAAGACAGAUUUGUAGAAUGGCUCAGCCGAAGUGCCCUGCAGUGGGACAGAUGCCAUGGAAGGCUAGUGGGCUGCCUUCUGGAUGAGACUGGCACCGUAUCGUUCUCUACGGAAAGAUCAGUUGCAAGCAAAGUGUGUAGAAUUCACUUGUUUUUCUUUUAACUUUUAAUUACUUAAAUAAAAUCCAUUGUUUCAUAGUAAAUGUAGACUGCGUAUGGAAUUUUCUGUGUAGUUUUCUAACGGGAAUUCUAUGUGGCCAUCUAGCUUUCAGCAGUUUCCUCCCAUGCAGACUGGUGAUGGGAGGAGCUUUGUCUGUUCGCUGUAGCAACAGAGCCACUAUGUUUUACGCACUUAAACUCUCACCAGAUAGUUUCAUGAUAGGUGAUUCCCUACUAAUUAGGAAAUUUCACACCCUUAUUUUCUUUGUUAAGGAAGUCUGUUCUGUUUAUGUCACCGAGGAAAACAACAAUGGCUAUCUCACCACCAACCUAUAAAUAUCAGCUCGUUAUUAUACCUGUUUUGUUUUUAAACAUAACAUGGCGUCAUCACACUAAAACCUCCGGGUUCCUUUUUAAGGUUUUGUUUAUUUUUAGUUGUGAUAAAAUGCUCUUGACAGGAUUUACCAUCUGAAGCAUUUUUGACUGUACCAUUUGCUGGUGUUAGGUGUGCUCACAUUGUUGUGUGACCAACCUCUAUAACGCUUUCAUUGCAAAACUGACACUGUACCUGAGUCCCCUCUCCUCUGCCUGCCCUGUAGCCACGGUCUACUUUGUUGCUGUUUGGCUAAUCUAGAAAGUGAAAUAUAAACAUCAUUUAAUUAAAAUUCUUUACCGUUUGUACAA